AAGCUUGUGGGCGUUACUGAAAUGAUACAGGUGAUUGAAUGGCGUUCAUUCAUCCACAUGAUACAGCUGGCAACUAAAGAUUGAAGCUAGAUCCACUUUUCAGCAGAAGUGAAAUAAAUGGAUAAAAGUAUGUUUUUAGACACGGUCUUUCGAUGGAGCCCGGAGUUUGUUAAAGGUUGUCUUUCGACAUAUGAAGAACAUAUUUGCACUUCGGCUGGUUUUUACAUCUUGUCUGCUUUGAUAUUACUGGUUUCCUGUUCUCUGCUUCUUUAUCACAGAUGUAGCGUUAAAACGCGAAGCAAGAAUUGGGGUGAUGAAGCGGUCUGCGCGCUGUAUUGUUUCGUCGGUAAUUUGUGCAGCGCAGUGGGCGCUUUCCUUUCCAACCAGUUUGAUUUUCAGAUUUCUAUGGCAUCAUACAUGGCAAUUAUGGAUGUUGUGAAUUUUCUGUCAAUAUCUUUCUCCAUGUAUUUAUGGUUUAAGUCAAGAACAGGAAGGAAAAUGAGAAUGAUUUCAAGAAGGAGGAGACAGAACUUUCUAGCGGUGUGUUUGCUGUUUAUUAUGGCUGGCAGUGUUUACUUGGGUUUACCAGUCCGUUCAAUUCCAGUAAGAGCAUCUCCAACCAUGAGGAGAUUAUUUGGCAUGUUCCUCAAUGACCAUACUGAGAACCUCGGUUAUGUUCUGGGUCUUCUGGCUUUCGCUAUCAGCUGGACCUCCAAGUUUCCCUUCAUCUUGAAAGCUUCUUAUCUUUUUCAGAACAGAGGAGAGCAGGGAUCUGCAGUGCUGGUGUCCUCCAGACUCCUGUCUUCUGUAGCUGGAGCUCUUUAUGGAUCUGCUAUUCUUCUCUACGACACACAGCUAAAAUCAGUUAUCAAGACAAUGCCAUGGAUACUCUCUGCUAUCUGUGGUUCCAUUCUGGAUCUUUCUAUUGUGGUCCUCGUCUGUUACAGAUCCAGUCACAAGCGUCCCUCUGUGCGCUCUUUAGACUCGGACACUGAGUCUUUACUGGGUGAACCUUCAGUCACAGGUCAGCUAUGCAACAACAAUGAAUGUUGCAGGAAGAAACACCAUCUUUCCACUGCAAGAGGUAUCUCUCCCAAAGGAACAGACAUGGGACUCUACAUGGAUGUCAACAUACAGCCAAUGAGAAAGGUUUGUCUGAAGGAGGUGACCAUCUCGCGGGACGGCUCCUCAGAGAGUCUUCCUCUGAAGAGGACUGUCAGGGUGGUGCGGGUUGAUGAACACUGUUCCUGUGGCAGCUCCACUGACUCGUCCUCUCUCGACUCUGAACUAGAGUGGGACUUUGGAGAAACAAAAUCGCAGUGGACGCCGGUAGAAGAAGCUCCAGAAGAUCUGCAGAAAGUUAUGCCUCUCCAGGAAUGGUCAGUGGGUUCGAGUGGCAGACUAGGAUCUCAUGUCUGCUUCUGCAACCGUGCACAGCUGGCAGAGAAAUUGGCCUCCAAAUAGACAGGUGCCACUAAAUCCAGUGCUGUUUCGUCAUUAAUGCAUUUGAGUGUUUUUGAAGUCAAAUAAAGCAGUGUAUUUCACAUUCAGAUACCGAG